UUCUCUCUCUUGCCCUGACCGAUCGCCGCUAGGGCCGGCCCACCAUGGUGGGAAUUCGUCGCUCCCUCUCCAACCUCGCGACCGUUUGUUGCUUCCUCGCUGGAAGCCUCCUGUCUCUGCCAGGAGAUGGGAAGAAUGGGUCAUCCGCUUCAUCCAGCACAGUUUCUCAGUUCACGCUUCCUCACACUGAGGCUAGAAGCUUCCAAGCCACAGCCACCAGUAGGGAUGACAUUAUCACAAGCACCCCACAAAUCAGUGUCAGCAGCAUUGGUCAGAUGGAUUAUCUGACCACUACUACACCUGGCUAUUUGAAUACCACAACAGGGAUACAGACUCAGACUGAAAAUAAUGCCUCCAAUAGUAGCACUGAUCCUUCUUUAUUUCUUACUCCAACUACAAACUUACUGGAAACCAAUACGUUUGGCCUGGAUGAUGAUAGAAGAUACAACAGUACCAUAUCCUUGCUUACUUCCAGCAGUAAGAUCCCGACUACAGAAAUUUUGCAAUCAAAGGAGACACAAGGAACAUCAACUGCUUCCCAGCCAAAAUCUUCUACAUUCAUUACCACGGGGCUGGCAACAAAUACCACGCCAGUCAUGGACCCUAAGGCUUUCACAGAAGAGAACACUGUUGCCUCCACAUCAUCUCCAAGGACUACUAUUGGUGAACAAGUGAUCACAUCCAAUACUUCUCGAUCAGUAACAUUUGAGGUUGCCUCCUCUACUUUCUUACCUCACAAAAUCAUAUCAGCAGAGACAGAGGAACCAGCUAAACAUGAACACAAGACAACUGUAUUUGAUGUGGGAAACAAUCAAGAUCUGCCCAGUAUACCAGUAGCCAGUCCAAUAGGAAAGGAUCCCCUAGUAAUUGCUGUCGUUGUAAUUUUUGUUGUGACAGUAGGAAUUCUGGCUCUCCUGGGUUUCUUGAGGUAUCGACAACAUAACAGUAGACUACGGUUUAGACGUCUCCAGGACUUGCCUAUGGAUGACAUGAUGGAAGACACACCUCUUUCCCUCUACAGCUACUGAACAACAGAAAGACUUUUUUAAAAAAAAAAAUAAGCAGAACCUGUUAAAGGCUACAAAGCUUGUAAGGGAUUCCAACUGGGGAGCGACUCUACAAUUUUGGAGCUGCUGUACUGACAUGCAAAUAACUAUAGAAUUGCAAGUCAAAUGACUUACUUUUUAAAAAUGCUGUCUUUUUUUCUUAUUUUUGAAAAUCGGCUUAACCAAGACCUUUUCCUCAAUAUAUAUGCAUUUUCUGUGACUGGAUACAUGCAAUGCUGGAGAAAAAUGAUUCAACAAGCUUUUCAACUGCAGGCUUCAUAUCAAAGAUAGAUAUGUUGGAUUCUGAGAAAAUACACUGUAUGGGGUGCUUUUUUCACAAAAAGUAAAAAGUAUGAAAUAUAUGGAAUAUGAUGUGUUUCUUGAGAAUGGAAAUGCAACCAAACUGUGAUUGGGAGAUCAAGUUGGCUCUCUUAUUUUUCUUGAAUUACACUUCAAGUUUCUAUCAAGAUUUAAAACAUGUUUCAGAAGUAGUGAUCUCAUCCUUUUAAUCAGGGCCCUCUGAAUUAUACUAAAAAAAUUAGUCCAGCAUUCAUUUUCAUAUGGGGCCAUGCAAAUGUCUCUAGCAAGUUGAGACAAAGUUAAAAAGCAAUAAUCUUCUAUUCCAGUUAAUGGUAUUCAGUAUUUACAGUACACUGCAUAGUCUGACUACUAUUACUGGAGUACAUUUUCCCUCUACUUUACAGUGUUUUUGCAGAGAAUAAGAGUAGCUGUAGUUUAUACUGUUUUCAGCACUUGAUUUAACAUCCAUUUACCAAGGAAAUUGUAUUCCUUUAUUCAAUACUAAGGGAUGGCACACGA